UAAUCGGAGCCGUCCAAUGCGCCCAGUGUCGAUCGCUGAGACGGGUUUUGGACCGUUAGAUCAACUGGGCACCGUACGCUUGUCCGUACAGAAGUACACUGGUCAUCGUCGUCCUCCUCCUCCUCAUCAGCGACGAUAAAACCUCGAAACUCGUAAACCUUGCGGAGACGAAGAGGAGGAGGAGGAGGAGCUUCUCUUAACACGGCCAUGGCGAUGGAGCGGCGCGAGCUCGGCAACACGGGGCUGAGGCUCAGCUGCGUCGGCUUCGGCGCCUCCCCUCUCGGCAACGUCUUCGGCCGCGUCUACCCCGUCGCCGCCGUCGCCGCCGUGCGCCGCGCCCUCGACCUCGGGAUCAACUUCUUCGACACCUCCCCGUACUACGGGGGGACGGUGUCGGAGGCGGUGCUCGGCGAGUGCCUCAGUGAGAUCGGGGCGCCGCGCGAGGAGAUCGUCGUCUCCACCAAGUGCGGGCGCUACGCCGACGGGUUCGACUUCAGCGCCGAGCGCGUGUCGCGCAGCGUCGACGAGAGCCUCGCGCGCCUCAAGCUCGACUACGUCGACAUCCUCCAUUGCCACGAUAUCGAGUUCGCCCCUUCCCUCGAUCAGAUCGUGAACGAGACAAUUCCCGCGCUUCAAAAGAUAAAGGAGAAAGGGAAGGCACGAUUCAUUGGGAUUACGGGCCUUCCAUUGCAGAUCUUUACUUAUGUGCUUGAUCGAGUGCCACCUGGAUCAGUUGAUGUGAUUCUUUCUUAUUGCCACUACGGAAUUAAUGAUUUGACACUUGCGGAUUUGCUUCCCUACUUGAAGAGCAAGGGCAUCGGGGUGAUCAGUGCCUCUCCACUCGCCAUGGGUCUUCUCACGGAGAAUGGUCCGCCGGAAUGGCAUCCUGCCUCUGAAGAACUCAAGUCUGCAUGCAGAGCUGCAGCAGCUCACUGUAAGAAAAAGGGGAAAAACAUUUCGAAGGUAGCUCUUCAGUACAGCUUGAUGAAUAAAGAGAUUUCGACUGUGCUUGUUGGAAUGAACUCACCGGAACAGGUAGAGGAGAAUGUGGCGGCCGCUCUGGAACUAUCGAAUGUAGGAAUAGAUGAAGGACUUGUGCGUGAAAUCGAAGAAAUACUAGAGCCAGUUAAGAACCAGACAUGGCCCAGCGGCAUCCAGGAGAGCUAAUGCUUAAUGAUUUAAAGCCUAAUUUAUUUACAGGAGUUUAUUUAUGCCUCGAUUUAAGACGUUUGGGUACCAAUUAUUUGACGUAAUUUGGUUUGAAGCAUAGAAAUGUGCAGGAGCAAAUUACUUUGCACUGAAAUGUUGUAGAUCUAUGAGAGCGACAAGGAGACGAAGUUGUUCUUGAUGUAAUUGGUUUGAUUUAGUAAGAUGGUUCUAUCUUCUUAUCUCUGCAA